GACCACCUAUACAAUAAUAGUAAACUAUUAUAUUGUAGAACUCCACAAGCAUGCGCAUUGCCCACCCCUACUCCGGCGAGGCUCCGGGAACAUCGAUGGCUGGCGACGAGUCUCAGACGGGCCUGUACCGAGCGCUGGCGGAUCGGUGUCAGAGCUUGGAGGCGAGUCACACGAGGCUGAGAGAGCAGUUGGACGAGUUGGUGAAAGAGAAGAAGAUAAGGGAGGAAGAAAUGGAGAUGAUGGCUUCAGAUUACGGCUGGGGUUGCCUGCCGGGGCUCUUCGUGACGGGGAAUCCCUACCGGAAAGUUUUGGACUGCAUGGGCCAAGCUGUUCACGUGUGCAGAGCUUCUUCUGGGGAGAUCGUAUACUGGAAUCGUUCUGCUGAAAAUCUCUAUGGAUGGAAGGAAUAUGAGGUCCUUGGACAACAAGUUGCUGAACUCCUAAUUGCUGAAGAAUAUUAUGCACCUCUUAAGAACAUCAUGGAUAGGUUGAGCACUGGGCAAUCAUGGUCAGGUCGGUUUCCUUUUAAGAAGAGGUCUGGUGAAAUAUUCAUGGCGAUUGUGACAAAAAGCCCAUUAUAUGAGGAUGCUGAGAUUGCUGGUUUUAUCACUGUUUCAAGUGAUGCGACAUUAUAUAACAUUAAAGGUUCAGACAACCUGAGAACAUGUCAGGAUCAUGCACGGGGGUCAAACUUGAAAAGGGUUCAGUGGCACCCACGUCCACCAAUCGUGCCAGUGCCACAGAUUGCAUCCUCUGUUUCCAAUCUGGCCUCAAAACUUUUAUUGCGGAGACGUGGAUCAGAUGAUGCAUGCAGUGCUUCUGAUACAUCGAUGGAGAGGGAGGAUACUCCAAUAGACUCUGAAGAUGUUAAAUCAGAGAAACCCAGUACACUAGCAGCAAAGGUCUUGGCAAAGUUCAACAUUAAGGGAACUCGAAACUCUGGGAAAGAAGACGAUGGAAGUAUUCAAGAAAAUGGUGCUAAUGAUUCUUCAGCAAGAAAAGUGAUAGGCAAUCCUUAUUCUUCUAGAGAGGCAUCAACUUCAUACCUUUGCACAACUGAUACAGAGGAUAAGGGAGAGAUCCCCCACAAUAAUGUAUAUGGGCAUAAAACUCGAAAGGACUUUGAGGAACGUUCUUUUGCAGCCUAUUCAAGGGAGUGUACCGAGUGUUUUAGACUAACUAGAACUGGAGAUCCAUUGCCAAGAUUAGGUUACGAAGUCGAUGCGAAUGAGUUGGAACCAGAAGUAUCAAACUUGAAAGCUUUGGAUAUAGAAGAGGAAACCCAAAGACAAGAAGACAAUAAACAGUUCACAAGUUCAGGGGAGAGCCUUGGCAGCCAUGGGAGUCCAUCAAGCAAAGGGGAAAAUGAAUUGAACUCUAUAGUAGAUUGUGAGAUUCACUGGGAAGAUCUAGAUUUUGGGGACGAGAUUGGGCAAGGUUCCUAUGGUAUUGUUUAUCGCGGACUUUGGAAUGGAUCAGAUGUUGCCAUUAAGGUUUACUUCGGGAAUGAAUAUAGUGAAAGAACUUUAAGCGACUACAAAAAAGAGAUUGAUAUAAUGAAGAGAUUGAGACAUCCAAAUGUAUUGUUGUUUAUGGGAGCAGUAUAUACACAAGAGCGACUUGCAAUUGUCACAGAGUUUCUACCCAGAGGAAGCCUUUUCAAAACACUUCACAGGAACAGUCAGGCAUUAGACAUUAGAAGGCGUCUGAGGAUGGCCCUUGAUGUCGCUAGAGGUAUGAAUUAUUUGCAUCACAGAAAUCCGCCAAUAGUACAUAGAGACUUGAAGUCUUCUAACCUGCUUGUUGAUAAAAACUGGACUGUCAAGGUUGGAGACUUCGGCCUAUCAAGGUUAAAGAACUCAACCUUUAUAACAGCAAAAUCAGGGAGAGGAACACCUCAGUGGAUGGCCCCUGAAGUCCUUCGAAAUGAACCUUCAAAUGAAAAAUCUGAUGUGUUCAGUUUUGGUGUCAUCCUGUGGGAAUUAAUGACAGAAUCCAUUCCAUGGAACAACCUAAACUCCUUACAGGUUGUGGGAGUUGUAGGGUUCAUGGACAGAAGAUUAGACCUACCAGAAGGCCUUGAUCCCCAAGUUGCAUCCAUUAUCCAAGACUGUUGGCAAAGUGACCCAAAACAGCGCCCAUCAUUUGAAGACAUAAUCCGGAUACUGAUGGCCCUACUCCAAAAAGCUUCAGCAGUGCCGACCCCAAGGAGCUCAGAACCUUAAAAUUGCAUUGUGUUUUAGGUCAAAUAUACAGUUGUUUACAGUUUACAAGAGCUCAAACAGAAUAAUUGAAUAACAUAUACAGUUGUUUUUUAGAAAAGGAAAUUGUUCUUUCCUUUUGAAGAGGAUAGUUUCCACAUGAUGUGUGUGAAGGAUGGGACAGGAUGAACAUUAGAUUUUAGAGUCAGGUUUUAGAGGAAUUUGCUGGAAUGAGUUGUAAGUUAUGGUUGUGUUUUCAAUUCUAUAUCAAAAAAAGUAGCUUGACACUGAUAUAAA